UUUUACAAUCAGGUUACAUUGACAUCAUUGUUUUACUUUUUAAACUCCCUUUUGAAAAGUUUCAUCCUGAUAAAAUGCUAUGCAGUGGUUAUUCCUGGUCUGCUAAUCCAUUUGAUAAGUUUUUGAAAAAUAAUCCAAUCCAAGGUCAACAAAGGAUGUCCAAAAAUGAGGAGCUAUUUAUUAAAAAUUGUAAGUGAACACGAUACUCAAAAUGACAGCGACUAAAAAUAAGGAUUCCAAAGAUAUUCCGAAGAUUUGCUAAUAAAAUAAUAAAAAGGGAUGGACAUUGUCUGUGGCUGCCAGGAUAGGAGGUGAGGUUAAAAGACUAUCCUCCUGCUCUAACCACACCUUCCAGGCAGCAUCCAUGGCCUUUAUCAGUCUCCAUCCCAGCCCCAGCCACUAGAUGGGGUUAACUCACAGAGAACAAGUAUUAGAAUUCAGAAAUCAAAAUUUUGCUCCUACAUACUGCUUCAGUAUGUAAACUGUAUAGUAUUAUUCAGUGGCGGGUGGUGCAUUUCACACCUAGGCCUUCACUGGCGUCCUACCUAAAUUAACCCUCCCCUUUAUACCGUCAUUAUGAUGUCACAGCUAUAGAAGCCAUCAACAACAUACAGAAACACAGUAUAACAGAACUUUGAACAGACAGACAGACAUGUAGCCAGAAUAAAUGCCAUUACUGAAGCAAUGCUAUAAAAACCCAAUUAACACAAUUCAAUAGGUCUCCAAACACUGCAGCCACAGCUGCUCCACACACAUCAUCUCCAGCAGAAGCAUCAAUAUUAACUCAGAAAAUGACAAAGAUGUAAACAAUAAAAUAUACUGUAGGUAAAAUGCAUUUUACUGACUGCAGCUGAUGAUUAUUUGUAGAUAAAUAAAAAACUGCUUCUGUUGAGCGAACAUUCUCAGCCCUAAAGCCAAUUAAAACUGGGCAGACUCGACUUUCAGCGUUAGCCUCCCCAGCGAUAGAAAAGGACUUAGACAGAUAACCUCUACAACAGAGUCACUGAACUCUUCCUCCUCCUUCAGCCGUUGUGGGUUGAAAAAACAGCUAUAAAAUCUAUACUAACGUUUUAGCUUGUGCUAGUAGCUGUAGAUGCAGUAAGCUAGUUUUGACCAGUACACUCUCUGACCAUCCAAUCAAAUGACAUGAAAAUCUUGACGUUAGCGAAGGCCUGCUAGAAGGCCCUGAUCUCACCAACUCAAAAUCUGAUUGGCUAAAGGAUCCGCGAGGCAACAGUUUCAUUGCAUUGGAGCCUGUACUGUUGAUUCUGAAGGAUCCAAGGCAGAUUUCUGUUAACUUGGCAACGGGGGGCUGAAAUCUGAUUGGAUAAAAACUCUAACAUAAACAGACUGUAUUGGAAGCAGCACAACCAAGAGGACUGCCACUGGCAUUAUUAUAUGUGAUUGCAUGAACAAUUUAUGACACAUUAGAUGCUCCAACUCUAAUAAUACUUUGUGCUAAUACAUGUCUUACAACACAGCGCAAUCAGGUUAUUUCAUAAUCAGCCCACCAGUCAAACAUGAAGGCUUUACAUUAUUCUGAGAUUAGAUUUAACCAAUGUUUAUUUAACAGCCUCACUGUGUUAAGGCGUAAAGGAAUGAGUCCAUGACAAAAUCCACAGGGUUCUCAUAUAUACAAGGACAUGUACCUCCACCUUUCACGUGGGCCCCAGAAAGUCUUGGUCCGCCCCUGAGAGAUCGCAGGAUAAACUGCAAAUUCAUUCACCUUCUGUUCAUUCAGCAGCUCCAGCACUGCAGCUAAUUGGCUCGAUCAAAGAGGGGAGGGGGUGCAGAAAAUCUUAUGAAUGAAACUCUGUCUGGUGACGUCAAUUGGGACCGUUUGACGCAUGAAUCACAUGGGCCACGAGGGCGGAGGUAUAAGAGAGCCGCAGCCGCUGUCCGUGGUCCUGAAAACAGACGAGCCACAGGCGGAAUCCCGGGAGAGAGAGGCGCAGGAAGAGACCACAGCUCAGCAACAAACAACAUCAACAGUGACUACACUAAACAGAAGACAACAACAACAACUCAACAACAACAAGCGCACGGAGCAGGCAGCGCGCUCUGUGCAUGACAGCGGGACUUCUACCCGGUCCUGGCAGGGAGUUUGACUUGACGAGGAGAGGGGAAGCUGGAAUCCUCCCGCUGCUCCAACUGAACUGCAAACAUUUCUGAUCCUCCUUGCUUCUCACAGCCGGUCCUGUUCUGAGUGGCCAUGAUUGGGUACCACGAUGCCUCAAGUGUCCUUACCCUUCUGGUCCUCCUGACAGGGGCUUCCAUCCUCCAUCUGUCCAGCCCCAACCCUAUCUACACAUCUGGAGAUGUCAAUAACCCACACAGAAAUACUCCUUCUGGGCUGACAGUGUCAGGAGAGGAUGAAAGAAGGAAUGAGGAGAGACAAUCGUUACAGAAAGAAGAGGCAGAGACAGAAGAGGAGCUCUUUAAAGAUGUUGAUCCCAAAACACUGGCAGCGGUUUUACUGGAGGCACUGAAUCGCUCACAAGUAGAGAGAAGGAGGGACGGAGAACAGCACAGUGAGAUGGAAGAAGAUAUAGAGACCAAGACAGGGGAGGUUAAUAAAAAGGAGGAAUACAGACAAGUGAGAACGAUGGGGGGUGCAGACCGUGAUAGAGAUGGAAGACAAGAGUUAGAGCUGCUAAUGGCCUCGCAGGGGAAGGAGCAGGAAAGAGAGGAGGAAGAAGAGAGGAAGAAAGCUCAGGAAGAAGAGGAGAGGAUGACCGAGAAGGUGACCAGUCGUACUACAAGCCAGACAGUCCAGGUCCAGACAGAGCAGCAGCCUGCUAGUCCAGACGGGAGAGGGGAGAAUGGGAAGGGUGCUGCCCCUCAGCAGGGACCAGUCACAUCUGAACAAGCCAACAACGAGGAGGAGGAGCAGCUCAGCCCAGAGGAGCUGAAGAGCCUCGAGACCAUGAUGAAGGAGUUUCCUCGUUUGGGCACAGCCAUAAAGAGGAAGGGAGAGCCCAAGCAAAACCAGAGAGAAAGCAGAGGUUAUAGCAGCCACAAUGACAUUAUACCAAUGAAUAAAGGCAGCAACCUUGCCAUGUCUAAGAAGAAACUGAAAUGGCAAGAAGAGACACAGAAAGCCCUAAACUUUCCAAUAUUCAGGGAAGGCAAUUUUAUGAAUGACUUUGAGGACAGUAAUUAUGGUAAUAAUGCUGCACAGUCCCAACCAGAGCAGGAGAUGAUGGAAGAAGAUGAACCAGAGGACGAGGAGGAGAGGGAAGAUGAGGAGGUAUUGAGUCCAGAGGAGGAGGAGGCUCAGGCCAAAGCAGAACAGGAGGAAAUGAGGAGGCAGGCAGCUGAGGCACAGAGAGCCAAGAUGGAGGAGGAGAAGCUGGCUGACAUCGCCUCAGACAUGCUGCUGAGCUACAUGGUAAAACAGAAUAAUGGGAACAAAAAGUACAGCUCCCCUCUCCCAAAUGCCGCAGAGGACAAGAGGUCUGAUGAGGAACAGGAAGUGAUGGAGGAGGACGAUAUUGAUCCUCAGACCAUUGACAAGCUGAUUGAGAUCUCCAGCAAGCUCCACCUUCCUGCCGACGACGUGGUGGACAUCAUCAGCGAUGUGGAGAAGAAGAAAAAGAAAGACGUGCCACCUGAACUAAUGUCACAUUGGCAACAACCUCUAUUACCCCUGUCUUCUUCAUUCUCAUCUACCAAUGGUUACUCAGCAUCACAGAUUUUAGCCAAUCAAAAUAACUUCCUUGUCUCUAAACAGUCCUCUCCAGCUGUCAAUCGUCUUAAAACUUGGUUCCAGGAGAAAACAUCAACAAAACCACAGGAUCACUGGAGCAAACCUGCAAACCCUCUGUUAGCCAAUCAAAAUGCUUGGCCCAAACCUCAGAACCCUCUUUCAGUCAAACAGGACCUCUGGCUCAAAUCACCCAAGCCUGUUUGGACUAGUUACCCUUCUUACUCGUACAUUUACCCAUUUUACUACCAAAGGAAGCCCUACCGAGACAACUUCCACAUCUAUUUUUCACCUCCCCCCAGGCCAAAACCCCAUUACUAUAUUCCCAAACCUGCUCUCACCCUCAACAAUUUUCUGGGAACAUCUGUAGAUGAUGCCCACACUUUCCCUCCCAAACGCCAUUACCACAGCUGGGUCCAACCCCGGCUGAGAAAACCUCCCGCAGGCCUCCAGCAGAAACCUUACUACACCAGCUACCCCCUACCACCAUACACGCGAACAUUUCAGCCACUCCCCAUUCCCAAACCACGUUCACCUCCCCGAAUGCCUGUAAUCUCUCCUCAGCAGAAGCAGAUUUAUUACUCAGCCCUGGCACCUGCAGUGAUAAGAAACAAAGAUUAUUAUAUGGCUGGAAAACAGUCAGACAGAGGCAACGGUGAUGAUCUGGAGAAAUACAUACAGCAGAUACUCAUGAAGAGACCGCAAGUGCUGGGCUGAAGGAGGGAUGAGAGGAGAGAGAGUAUAGGGAAAAUGGAAGUAACGAGAGAUGACCAGAAAAGAGUGUAUUUCUUUCCGAUUUUAUUUUGCUGGUAUUUGCUUUUGUUUUACAUAUGUACCAAGUUUCUUUCUAAUAUUUUGAUUGCUUGAUAUAUGGACAAGGACAUUACAGAGGACUUUUUUCCCAGAAGUAGUCUGGAAAAAAUUAAACUGAAGGCAAGAUACACAUCUACACUCCUCCUCUGUGAAGGAGGGGAAUCACGAUGAACAUGGUCUGUUGGAAAGCAGAUUUGUAUCAUGCUAAAACUCAUCCAAACUCCUGGCAUGACAGUAUUUUUGGACAUAUUUGGACAUUUUGCAAUGCCAGCAAAGGAGGAUGCUUAAGUAUGUUAAUACCUGUAACCUGAAGAGUGACAGUCAGAUGAAUCAUAGGUAGUGACGGAUUCAGGAAAAACACAUUGUGGGUGGUGGAGUGUUACUGUAUAGACACAAAAGGAACAUUUGUGAUAUUGUCUUGGGUUGGGAAAACUGAAAAAAAUAUUUCAUGAGUAUAAUUUCUCAGAAAUGAUGGCCAAAAGUAUAUGGACAAUAAACAUUCCAGCCAUAUUUGUCAAUUGAACAAAUGGUAGUGAAACAGAUUCUGACACUGUGGCCAUUAAUGUGCUGCUAUAACAGACUCCACUCCUCUGAUUUCAGACUCUCUAUCAGAUAUUGAAAUUCAGAUGCAAAAACCUAAGAGAGCUGUAGAACUGAUGGUAGGUAAUAAGGUCUUGCUCACGGUGUCUGUUACAGCUCAUCCCUAAGGUGUUGGAAGGGGUUGAGGUCAGGGAUUUCUAUAGGCCAGUCAGGUUUUUCCACACCAAACUGGAAAAACCAUUUCUUUAUGGACAUUUUUUGUGCGUGGAGACAUUGUCAUGACACAGGCUGAAACAGGAAAGGGACACAUCCAAUUAGCAGAUGUCUCACUAAUAUCUAAAAUAUCAUUGUAUGCCAGGGCAUUAAGAUUUCCCCUCAUCAGAGGAUGUCCAAAUAGUUUUGGCCACAUAGUGUAUCAACUGACACAUGAAUCACCUCAUCAAGAUCAUACCAUUACCUGGGAAUGGCCUCGUGCCAAAUCCAUUCCUUAUACUUAUCUGUCAGAAUGAAUACAUUUUAUGCAAAUGUAUCAUUUUGUGUUAUUUGUGUAAAAAUGCAGCAAAAAAGAAAUCCUAACACAUACUCACCAAAGCUCUUUGUAAUGAAAUAUAAUGCAACUAAAAGCAUAUUUCAUACAAAGGUCUGUGAAACCACACUAACACCACUAUAAUGGCAUGGAUGACUCAUCCUUUUGCAUAACUUCAAUUACCUUGUUGCUAUGGUGCCAUACCCUGGCCCAACUCUAUAUGGCAUUCUUUUACAGUUUACACCUACAGAGGAGGAUGCAGUGGUGCAGGCACACUGCUCUAUAACUAAACAAAUGCAUUUUAAAGGACAAGACUGGUGUGAUUCUAUAUUUUUCUUAUCAAAAAAAUCCCAGGAAAGGACCAAAGGACCAAACCAACAAUGUGUUAAUCAGUCUCUCAAAGACUUCCUUACCCUGUCUGCUGCUAAAGCCACUGAUUCCUAUGGAGACAUGUAUUUUUAAAAUUUCCACAACUGCAUAGUCAUUUUAAUAAAAAUAAAUAAAUAAAAAUUAAAAAUCCCCAAAACAGUCUGCUUCAAACUAGUCUAUACGAUAUGUUGUCCAACCACAUCUAAAAGUAUAAGCUAUAUCAGGCUUUGGAUACACACAUACUUACACAUAUUUAUUAGUAGGAUGAAUUCGUUGUUGGUUUCUGCCUGCCUCUUCACAUGUGAUACCUUAUCCUUGUCCUUUAAAGGUUUUGUUAUAGCAUCACUGAAUCCCCAAACUUCCUUUAGCUCAAGGAAGACCACUUAAUGUGAUCUUAAUAUUCAUCAUAUGUCUUUCAUUCAUCGUCAUCAUUAGCUCAAAAUCUAUUUUAAUUCUUUUUCUUGUGAGCUAAAUGCUGCAUAAUCAUCAAUAAUGCAUUUUAUACAUUAGUAGGUAGGAAGUUGUUUCCAAACUCUGAGCAGGAAUUUGUUGCCUUACACAUUGCUGUGACAUUCCACCCAUUGUGCUUUUUUUUUGCUUUUGUACCACUUGAUAUUAUCCAUAAGGCUGCAAUCUCCUCUGUAAUGGAAGAAAAUGGGAUAAUGGAAAUUAAUCUCUUUGACUGAUUCCACUGGAGAUGGGAACCGUUUGCUCAUAUUGAUUUAUUUAAGCCACAAAAUAAAUUAAAAACAUAACAUUGAGAUUUUUCACUGCUUGGAUUGAAUGACAAACAGUUAUGAAAAAAAGGACUCUUCUGCUGAGAUUUUCCUUCUCUAUAUAAAUGGCUACUGAUAAUCAGUGAUCAUUAAAUCUCUUUUUCUUUUUGAUCUUAUCAUUGGGAACAGGAGCAAAUGUUACUCUCUGGUUUGUAGGUGCUCUUGACCUUUGUGGCCGUCUGUUGCUAAGGGAUGAGCAGACCUCAGCAUCUGUGUUGCUAAGCCAGGACAGAAUGAUGGCAUUGACAAUCUUGCAAUGAAAAAUAUUAGUCAAGGCCUUUAGUCAAAAGAGAGAGAGAGGUGAAUGAAAUUGAGGAAAUUGGAGUAAGAACAAAACUUUUUGUAAUUUUUUUCAUUUGUAGUUUUUUAUAAGAUUGAGAAGGAAGUUACAUUUUAAGAAAGAGAAGGGGAGAAAAACGGGGGCUGAGAUGAGGGUACAGCGUGUGCACGUUUCGGUAUACUUGCAUUUAAAAUUGCUUCUUUUUUGUACAAGCAUCAAUUAAAAAAGCUUAAAAAAAUCUUAAAGCUGACAGAAACAAUGACAUCGUUGUACCUUAAAAUCAUUGCUUGAGUCAUGUAUGCGGCGAGUAUUGUCCAUGGUCUUUCUAGAUGUACCUUGUUGAAACCAUCGUAAUAAACAUGUGUUUGCUGGAUGUUA